AUGACACACCUUUCCUUUAAAAGUGAUUGUUUAAAAAAAACUAACUUUAAACUAAUACAAAUUCCCGUUGAUGUUCUUCCCCCAGCCUGCAUACCUUUCUGUUGUUUUCUAUUUUCUUUCGUGCUCUCUCUCAACUUUUUUCAAAACAGUUUGUUAAUUUCUUUCUCCUUCUUAGCUUUUCUUUCUGCUAUGCUUUUUCUCUUCACGUCCUUCAUUUUACUUACGUUUUUUCCCUUGUUCAGUCAAAUCCAUUUGAUGUUGUUGACCAAUUCAUUAUCUAUCGCUGCUAACUUGUUCACCAAAUCAUUAUUUAUCGCUCCAUACACGUUCAACAAAUCAUUAUCUAUCGUUACAUACUCGUUCACUCAACCAUUAUCUAUCGCUGCAUACCAGUUCAUCAAUCAUAUCAAUCGCUGCAUACUCGUUCACCAAAUAAUUAUCUAUGUUUGCAUACUCGUUCACCAAAUAAUUGUCUAUGGCUUCAUAAUCGUUCAUGAUUUAUCGCUGAAAACUAAUUUACCAAAUCAUUAUCUCUCGCUGCAUACUCGCCCAUCAUUAAUCAAUCAUUGUCUAUCCCUGCAUACCCGUUCAUCAAUCAUAUCUAACGCUGCAUACUCGUUCAUCAAUUCAUUAUCUACCGCGGCAUACUCUUCAUCAAUCAUUAUCUAUCGCUGCAUAAUCGUUCAUCAAAUCAUUAUCUACCGCUGCAUACUCGUUCAUCAAAUCAUUAUCUACCGCUGCAUACUCGUUCAUCAAAUCAUUAUCUAUCGCUGCAUAAUCGUUCAUCAAAUCAUUAUCUACCGCUGCAUACUCGUUCAUCAAAUCAUUAUCUAUCGCUGCAUACUCUUUCAUAAAUCAUUAUCUACCGCUGCAUACUCGCUCAUCAAAUCAUUAUCUAUCGCUGCAUAA